UAGAUACGCAAACUAUAGAUUAUAUAAUAAAACUAGUCUUCAAAAUCUUCGUCACCAUUAUCCUCAAAAUUCUUCCAAAGAAGAUUGUAAAUAUGAGUUCUCCUCUCAUCCAUGAAAUCAAAGGGCAAGCAUUUCGGUUCUUGAAGGAGAAGAUUAAAACUGCAAGGCUAGCGCUCACAGAUGUUACACCAGUACAGUUAAUGACAGAAGAAGCCACAAAUGAGAAUCCAUGGCCACCAGACACGCGUUCCACAAGUAUAAUAGCACGAGCUGCCUUCGAAGUGGAUGAAUAUGAGAGAAUCAUAGAGAUUUUGCAUCGCAGGUUGUUGAAAUUCGAUAAAGGGUAUUGGAGAGCCUCAUACAAGGCUCUUAUUUUACUGGAACAUCUACUAACUCAUGGACCUAAAAGAGUAUCCGAGGAGUUUCAAUGUGAUAUAGAUGUUAUUGAAGAGAUUGGACAAUUUCAGUUCAUUGAUGAAAAAGGGUUCAACUGGGGUUUGAGAGUUAGAAAAUUAUCAGAAAGAAUAUUAAAGCUCUUAAGAAACAAGGAUUUUUUCACAGAAGAAAGAGCAAGAGCACGUAAUCUUUCUCAUGCAAUCAAAGGUUUUGGAAGUUUUAACCAACGAAGCUCAGCAAUAGAUGAAAGGUUAAGUGACUUACCUUCUAAGAUUUACGGGAGAUGUAAUUCUUACUAUGAUAAUCGUCAAUAUGAAAAAUAUGAUUUCACAAGCUUAGGAAAGAAACUCAGUACUGCAAAUGGAAAUGAAAGAGAGCAACAAAUACAUGAAGACAAUGACAAUUCAAAGCUCCUAAAGCAAGAAAAUGAUCCAAAUUCGGGAGAAGUCACAGAAGAAUAUCACCCCUUUAUUGAUGAUCGAGAGAAACGGACUACAGCAUCCCUGCUUUCUGUGUAAUGAGAUGUAACAAUAAUUUACAUAAUUUAGCACUUGAAGUGCGUGUAAGUUUGGUGAAGAGGGGUGCUUAUGGACAUCGUAGAAUCAAAGAAAGGGUGUAUAAAUAUGUACAAAUAAUUAAUUCACAUUUUACAGUAUUAAUCGAGCUCAAAUUUCAAAACCUUUA